AUGUCGGGCCCCAACAUGGGCAUGCCGUUGCUGCCGAGCACGGAAGACGAGGAAGACAGCUUCGGGGAUGCAGAAUACGCUGCCAUCAACUCCAUGUUGGACCAGAUCAACACCUGCCUGGACCACCUGGAGGAGCAGAACGACCACCUCCACGCCCGCCUCCAGGAGCUGCUGGAGUCCAACCGGCAGACGCGCCUGGAGUUCCAGCAGCAGCUAGGGGAGGACCUCACUGACGACGAGGAUGACGAUGACGACGAAUACUACUACGACGCCUACGAAGCCAUCUACGAGGACGACGCCGGCCCCUAG